UACCCCUUCAGUUGAUAAUUUGUGUUGGUCAACAACGCAUCGAGAACCUGGAAAAUACCUCUAACGACUUAUCAUAUAAUAACCCACGACUGUCAUCACCAUGUGCAACGCUCUCUGUGAAUGCCUCAAAUGCCCCGGCAAAGUGGUUUGCUGCUGCUGCUCCUGCGCCUGCAAGAUGCUUUUGAGCAUCGUGUUUUCUGCGCUUCUUAUGGUCGUGGUCAUCGGAUUGAUUGUCUACUUCACCGUCUACUAUCACAAGGAUAAGGCCACUGACGAGGUGCGGAAUCAGGUCGCUAAAAUGGCGCCAAUUGUAAAGCGCAGCAUACGCGACUACUUUAACAAGGAAUACUGAUCUGAGCACAUGAAUUUAUACUUUAGGCUAUGUUAAUAAUAACUCCGUUAAAUCGAAACGAACCAAAAACCAAAA